AUGGAGGUCAUGCCUCUCGAAGUCUCUGAAAUCACUCAUCAGCACAGGCUGCUAGUCGCCCUGGGUACCAUUUCACAGCGAGCAGAAAACUAUGCUGCCAAGGGUUGCAUCUACACUCUGGAAAUUAUCGAUGUUGUACCAGAGCCUGGUCAACCAGAGACAGGCAAAAAGUUCCGUGUCUUUGGUAGGGAAGAGACUAAGAGUGGCAUCACGGCAUUGAUGGGCAUAGCUGGUCUCGUUGGUACUGCUCAAGGACAGAAAAUCAUGAUCCGUGGGUUGAGAGAAGACGGAUCGUGCUUGCCCGUUGCUUUCCUCGAUGCGCAAUGCUACAUCACAUCAAUGAAGACAUUGGCAAGUAGCAAACUCUGGAUUGCCGCAGAUGCUUGGAAAGGCCUUUGGUUUGGUGGAUUCGGCGUAAGAAACCUUGCAUGCCAGCGUUGA